AUGGCGCUCGGCGGGGUCGGUCGCGGCGGCGCGGCGCGGGCCGCCUGGCCGCGGCUGCUGGUGGCGGCGGCGGCGGCGGCGCUGGCGCUGGCGGGGCCGGCGCUGCCCGAGGUGCUGUUCCGCUGCCCGCCCUGCACGGCGGAGCGCCUGGCCGCCUGCCCCGCGGCCGCCCGCCCGCCCUGCCCCGAGCUGGUGCGGGAGCCCGGCUGCGGCUGCUGCCCGGUGUGCGCCCGCCUCGAGGCCGAGGCGUGCGGCGUCUACACGCCGCGCUGCGCCGCCGGCUUGCGCUGCUACCCCGACCCCGGCGCCGAGCUGCCCCUGCAAGCCCUGGUGCAGGGGCAGGGCACCUGCGCCCGCCGCCGCGACACGGCCGAGUACGGCGCCAGCGCCGAGCGCCCCGCAGAUGGGGGCGAUGAUCGGUCAGAAGCGAUCCUCGCGGAGAACCACGUGGAUGGCACCACGGGGAUCCUGAGCGGAGCAGGAGGGAGGAAGCCCAUGAAAACAGGCAUGAAGGAGCUGGCGGUUAUGAGGGAGAAAGUGAAUGAGCAGCAGCGGCAAAUGGGCAAAGUCAGCAAGCCCCAUCACAACCAUGAAGAUUCAAAGAAGUCGCGGAUGUCAACGGGCAGGACUCCUUGUCAGCAGGAGUUGGAUCAGGUCUUGGAGCGCAUCUCCACUAUGAGGCUGCCAGAUGAACGAGGUCCCCUGGAACAUCUCUACUCCCUUCACAUCCCCAACUGUGACAAGCACGGCUUGUACAAUCUCAAACAGUGCAAGAUGUCGGUGAACGGGCAGCGCGGCGAGUGCUGGUGCGUGGACCCCAUCCAUGGGAAGGUGAUCCAAGGCGCCCCCACCAUCCGUGGGGACCCCGAGUGCCACCUCUUCUACACAGCCCACGAGCAAGAGGACCGGGGAGCACACGCCCUGCGGAGCCAGUAGCCGGACGUGAGCCUGCUGGUGGGAGGCAGCUCGCCGUGGCCCCAGUGCUGGAUUUUAUAUGGGUUUCAGCAUGGCUCUUUAGGCUCUGCACGAGACUGGGGUUGGGUCCCGCGUGCUGCCCUCCUUCCCCUGCUGCUGGCCUCCCGGGGAGGGACGGGGCGACGGGAGGGGAAGGGCAGUGAGGGGAUUGCUGGGAGAAGGGACUGCUUUCCUAUAGUCUUUCACCCAAUGUAAACCAGAGCACCGGUCUUUUUUUUUUUUUUUUUUUUUGCCCCUUGCCUCGCAGCCCUGCCCUCCCUGCCGGUUUGCGGCACGUCCCAGCUCCGUCCCCCGCCGCGGCGGCUGGCGGGGACGAGGCUGCCACUGCCCCGAUGCCUCCAAAGAGGUGAAACUGCUCCUGAUGGGCGGGAGGGGGGAAAAAAAGCAAAAGUGCACCCUUUCCCCCUCCCUCCCUGCCUUCCCCAAGACCAAAGACUGUAAAUACUGUGUCGCCUGCCCUUCGCAUCCCACCGGCCCUGCCGCGUCGGCCCGGCUGCCGGUGGCGUUCAUCCAAGUGCGAGAUGCGCUGUGGGAGGGAGGGAAGGGGGAAGAAGCCCCCUGGGUUUCCCAGCCAGACCGCGCCAGCGCGAGAGCGCCCGUGUCGCCGGAGGCGGCAAGGGAAAGGGACGGGGACGACGGGACGAGACGGCCCCCUCCUCCCUGAAACGCCACGCCACACGGCUGCGCCCGGCGCCGAGGUGCAGCUGGCCCUGCCGGAGCUGGCUCCCCGCUGCGGGGCCGUGAGGACGGGCCAGGGGCGACGGUGCAGUUAAAGGCUGGGGUUUGAGGGGGCUUUGGAGGGCUAGUGCCCAGUAUUUCUUAGGACCAGCUUUUGCUGAGGGAGCUGUGGUGAGCUUGCGGGGACCAGGUGGAAGGAUGCCUGUGUAGAUUUAGGAUAACAAGCCAGGGAGUGUCUCUCUCUUUCUCUUUCAUUCUUUCCUUGUUUCUAAAUAGGAUAAAACCCAUCUAAAACCUGCACUCCCAAGCAGCUGCCCUUGUCCCUCCGUUCUCGCUUGGGACUACAGUGAGCAUCUGCUAUUCAGCACAGACUUUUUUUUUUUUUCCCUAAGUACAGUACAGUAUAUAUCGUGCUUUGUAAAGGCCCUGAGACACACGCACUCCCCCCCCCCGCUGCCCACACACACAUUUGUAUAGGUUUGAUCUGAGCAAUUCCAGGCGCACCGAGAGGUUUUGCGCUGGACGUGCUGCUCCAAGGACAGAUGUGUCUCUGCCGUUAUUUCACCUGUUGAUUUGUUUCUGUACAGAACGCACCGACGCUGAGAAUAAAUAACUUCCCCGUCACCUAAGCAAGGAGAUUUUAUUAUUUUCUUCCUUUGUUUUUUUUUUAAUACAGAUACCAUUUACAGAGCAAUUGCAAAAGUCCUUCUUAUAGUAAGACCCUCAGAUUGUUUUUUUCCUAGAUGAAACCAAGGGCAAAAAUGAAGCAUCUCCCACUUUUUGGCAAACGAGUAAUGACCGUGGCCUCCGAGCUUGGCUGCUCCAGGGGCUCAGGGUGAAUUUCCUGCACAGGGAGGUGCAGGGAGAGGCGGGGAGGGCUCCUACAUGAAGGCUGCGCUUGCCAGCGCCUGCUCACGGGGCUGUGCAUGGGGCCACGAGCCACAGCCCAUGGGGAUGCUUUGGGAAAGCGCUGCGUGGUUUGACAAGGUCACCUGGAGCAGGGCCAACCCAGGAGGCAGCAGGGCUUGCAGCAGCGAGGGGAGAGACCCAGAGCUGUCUACGAGCCAGCGCUCGCCUGCGGUAGCGUUGGGGUGGGGAGGAUGCAGCAGCCCUUGACUUGCUGGUGCAUGAGCUGCUUUGCAGGGCAUGGGUACACCGGGCACUUCUGCUUGCAAAGCGGGGGGAGAGCUCACCAGCCUUGAACUGUGCGAGUCCAAACCUGCAGCCCAGCCAUGGUGGGAGCAACCACUGGUGGCUGCAGGUGCACAGAAACUCACACUGAACCAUGCAGGAGAGGCAUGGCAGGAUCUCUGGGCUAUGCACCUCCUUUGGGGCCUUUGAUCUGAACAAGGGGAAACAAAAAGCCCAAGAAGUUUUGCAGGGAGGGGAGUGCUGGGUUUUGCUUUUUAUUUUUUUUUUUCUUCUUCUGCUCUCCUUCUUGGCUCCACAUUUCAGAUCAAAAUGCCUCAGAGAAUCUCUUCAGAUGAAGCCCUUCCUCAUGUUUGUGCAGGAGUUUGGAAGUGGCAGUGGAGAAAAAAAGGAAUGGGAUCUCCUUUUGGGCUGGAGUAGGAAAGUAUGGGGUGUACAUGUGUGUAUAUACAAGAGGGAAAGCGUGAAAGAGAAAGAAAAUGCACAUACAUGCAAACCCCAAAUAACUCUAAGAAACAAUACUACCUGUUUUCUGUUAACAUCUACGAUUGUUUGCUUUUUUAAUGUAAACCUUGCACAUGCUGGCUCUCAUCUGCAAUUUGUACUUUUUGUUUGGUUUAGGAAUCAGGAAGUUUUCUUUUGUGUUUUUCUUUUCUCCUUUGGAAAAGCUGAGCUUCGUAAAGUUGGAAUAAAUUAAUUGGGACGCCAGAAAA